GUGUGCUGUGUGUGUAACCAUUUCUGUUCCUUUCACAUGAUUGUGUUUCCCUUCUAUCGCAUCCAUCUCUCUCUCUGCAGCUUUUGCCUCUCUCUCAGCAGACAAUCCCUAAUUUCUCCUUUUUUCUGAUUUCUUCGCUUGAUUUUUCGCAUAAUUGACCGAUCAUGGUGGAGAGGUGCGGCUACGGCAGGGAGAGCGAGAUCUCGCACUUCGCCUCCUCGAAUUCGUCGUUUUCCUCGAGUUUGCUCGACGCGAUCUACCGAUCGAUCGAUCGAGGAGACGAGGAGGUGCCGAUCUACGGCGGAGGAGUGAGGAAGAAGAGCUUCGGCGCCGGCGGCGCAGGAGGCGCUAACGUGCGCCGCGGCGUGAUUGAGCGCGAUGAGGAGAUGGAGAGCUUCCAGCGCGCUUGCAUGGUUGAGAAAUGGGUGGAGAAGAAGGUGAGCGAGAAAUCCGUCGGUCGGAGGAGAUCCGUCGCUGAUUUUGAUCAGGUGAAGAAGCUGCGGAAGGAUCGGGAGAGUUCUAGCUGGAGCUCCUCCGAUUCGAGCUCGGAGGCGGAGUCGAUUCAGGUGCAGCGGCCGAAGCCGAUCAGGACGGGGAUCGAGAAGGAGAAAAUCGCAACGAAUCGCCGCGAAUCGGAGCAGAAACCUAAAAUUGAAGGCGGAUUCUCGAAGACGAAGCUGCGCGCGCUGAAAAUCUACGGCGAUUUGAAGAAGGUGAAGCAGCCGAUAUCCCCCGGCGGAAAACUCGCCGGAUUCCUGAACUCGCUCUUCCCCGGCGGAAAAGGCAAAAUCGGCGACGAAUCGCCGAUUUUGAAAUCCACAACUUCCGCGUCGUCGUGCUCUUCCCGAUCCUGCCUCAGCAAAACGCCGUCGUCCAGAGGCAACGCGAAGAGAUCCGUGAGAUUCUCUCCGGUGAGCGUGAUCGUCGACUCAGAAAUCAACAACAAAAAGCAGACAUCAUCAAAUCACAGCAGCAAAAACAGCAUCAGAAGCGUGAUCAACGAAGAGCUAAUGGCGCACGUGAUGGAUCAGAACCGCCGCGUCGAGGAGGUGGCGAGGGAUUUGCUGAGGAAUUACCAGAGGCAAAAUCAACAGCCACAGGUUUUCAAUCGAAAUUUCGACGACGAUGAAGACGACAACGAUGCAGCAAGCUGCGCGAGCUCAGAUUUGUUCGAGCUCGAUAAUCUCUCGGCGAUUGGGAUGGAGAUUUACAGAGAGGAGCUGCCGGUUUACGAGACGACGCGGCUCGAUUCCGCCGGCAACGGAUUAAUCUAUUAAAAUAUUAUUUUAAUAAUGGUUUAAGUAUUAAUUAAUUAAGAAUAUUAUGUAUGUUUAGUUUUUUUUUUUAAUUAUUGGUUUGGGGGUUUAUAAGUAGUAUCUGACUGUAAUUAAUUUAAUUUUGUGCAUUGUUUUCAUGGUAGUGUGAGUCUUUGGUGGUGGUGAAUAAAAUUACUAUGUGAAUUGAAAUGAAA